GUUAUUUGUUUUUCUUUAAUACGCACAAGAUAAUUUCAUCGCUUUUGAUUCGUACUUGAAGUCACAUGCUGCUGCUGGCUGUUGAUGGCGGGCAUGUUGACAUCCUGAGCUAGGGAGGUGUUGAGCUACAGAUAAUAUGACUAAGUGAGUGGCUGACUUGGCGACAUGCGUGCUACAGACGCCCCUGAUGCAGAGCGUUGAACGUUCCCCCAGACAUGUAGAAUUGCUUGCCUCACCACCAGCAGCUGCUGUUGCUGCUGUCACCGCUGCAGCAACAAAAGAAAUCCAACAACAUAAUUUUUCCUUCAUUCAGUGAUAGUUGGUUGAAGAUAUUAAACGUCCACAGUUCAUUUCCUUUGAACAAAAAAUAUAAGUGAAACAAUAGUUCCAAGCCGAAUAAAAAUUGGAUAUGGGUCGCCUAACCGAAUACAUGUUCAAUUCCCCACAUUCCAUAUCAGCUGGCGAUUUUGAAGAAAUUUUUGAAAACGAAAGUGCCGCCUUAGGCGGUGGUGCUCCCACAACCCUGCGCACCCCACUGGAAUCGUCGAUUUUGAAUUUUAUGGAAAAUUUCCAGCGAGAUGAUGAUGAUGCUGAUGGUGGUGCUAUGACCGAAAGUACAGCUGUGUGUAAACUGCAUGUGCCAUCCUGGCUAAAUAUUUGGUGCAUCAUUAUAACCGUGUGCAUAUUGGCCGUACUCAUUGCCCUGGGGCUGAUAAUGCGACAGGUGCAGAUCCAGAAACAACGGCAAACGCGAACAGAAUGCUACAACUGCUAUCCCGCCUCUCCAGAGUAUUUCUGUGAACAUUUCUUAGAUCGCAAUCAAAUUAUGGUCUAUUAAAUUUUUACUUUUCCAGUAUCAAGUAUUCUUUUUCCAUCAGUAUAUAUGUAUGUG